AUGCUCUCCGAUCCCCUCAACAUCAGCGAAACUGGCCCGCUGAUGUUGAUCAGGAAGGAAUGGAAGGCUCACCCGAGCUGGUGGUGUACGGCCGGGGAGAAACCGAUCAUCGAGCCUUCCGCGAGCGGCCCCUCCUCUAGCGCGCUGCCAAGGGUGGCUGAGGAGGUUCAAGAUCUUCCUGAUCAUAAACCUCCCCAACCAUCUCCUGCGCGUCCGGAAGAUCCAGUGAUCCGGGUUCUUCUGAUGGGCAGGAAGGGAUCUGGGAAAAGCUCUUCUGGAAACACUAUACUGGGAGAAAGAAAGUUUAAAGUUAAAAAGAAACAUGAAGCUGAAGUGUGUGAAGAAGUAACUCAGACCGGAGAGAAGCAGGUGUGUGUGAUUGAUUGUCCAGAUCUAAUGGAUCCAGAUCUGAAUAAAGAGAAGCUGGAGAAGAUGAAGGAUCAGCUGGUCUCUCGAUGUUCAUCAGGUCUCAGUGCAGUUCUGCUCACCGUUCCUCUAGAGGAACCUGUGGGAAACGAGGAGGAGAUCCUGGAUUAUAUCAAGCGUUUAUUAGGUCCUGAAGUUCAGAAGUACAUCAUGAUUCUGUUCACACAUGAAGAUGUUCUGGAUGAACCGCGGGCCAUUGAUGAAUAUCUACAAGAUCAUGAGGAUCUCCAGCGACUGGUGACUGAAUGUGGAGGAAAGUUUCACUGUUUCAAUAACAGGAGUAAAUCAAACAUCAAAGAAAGUCAGAAACGAGAACUACUGCAGAAGAUCGAAGGAAUGACGCAGGGCAAUAAGGGGAAAUUUGUCACGGCAAAAAUGAAGAGGAGUGACAGCAAAGACUUUCCUGGGGUCAACUUUUCAUCAGAAGAUCCAGAUGAGAUUGAUGUGAUUCCUGAGAGGAAAGACCAGAUCAGACUAAAAACUGGAUCUGGGAAAAGUGGCACUGGAAACACCAUAAUCGGCAGAAACCUGUUUAAAUCUACAGCCGGUUCAAAAUCUGUGACGAAACAGUGUCGGUUUGCAGAAACUACAGGGAGGAUGGGUAAAGAGAUCUCAGUGAUCGACACUCCUGGACUUUAUGAUACUAAACUCAGUGAUGAAGAGGUUAAAACUGAAAUAGGGAAAUGCAUGCUUCUCCUGGCUGGACCACAUGCUUUUAUUAUCAUGAUUAAAGUGGAUUGAUUCACUUAGGAGGAGAACAACACAAUACAACAGCUCAAAAAAGUGUUGGGAGAAGUAAUACUAAAAUAGAUCAUCUUCACUCACAAAGACCAGUAGGAGAAAGAAAAGCAAAGUAGUCAGCAGUUUUUAGAGCACUGUGAGCCAAAUCUUAGAAAACUCAUACGCAGUUGUGGAAACAGAUUCCUCUGUCUGGACAACAACUCUGCCAGUUUCCCACAGUUCAGAGAUCUGCUCAGUAAAAUAGAGAAGAUGGUGGAACUUGAAAACUUUUUGUCUGUUCAGUAA